AUGGAAAAUUUAGAGAUGGUAGAUGUUUCUGCAGAGAUGGGUGUUCCUGGAGUGGAUGAUAUUCAAUCAAAACCUGUUAUAGGUAUGGAAUUUGACUCUGAAUUAUCUGCUUAUGACUUUUACAAUUUCUAUGGAGGAAGCAUGGGAUUCAGUAUAAGAAAAAAUAAUGCUGCCAAAAGUAAAAGUGGUGAAAUUACAUCUAGGACAUUCGUUUGUUCUAAAGAGGGCCAUAGAAAACAUGAUAAACGAGAUUACCAGACGAAAAAUCCUAGAGCAGAAACGAGGACUGAUUGUGAUGCUUUGAUGGGUAUUAAAUUGAUCAGACAAAUUGGCAAGUAUAGAGUUACAGAUUUUGUGGAUACCCACAAUCAUCCCUUGAUUCCAAGUGAUUUGGCCCAUAUGCUUCCAUCACGACGAAAGAUAUCCGCUGCUCAAUCUAUUCAAAUUGACUUGUCUCACGACUCUGGGAUACCUCUUAGGUCGUCCUAUGAGUUAAUUGGUAAAGAGGCCGGUGGAAGGGAAUGUCUUGGUUAUUUGAAGGUAGAUCAAAAAAAUUAUCUACGAACAAGAAGGCAAAACAUGUUGGCAUUUGGAGAAGCGGGGAGUAUAUUAAAGUAUUUUCAAGAUCAAGCAUUGCAAAAUCCUUCUUUUUUUCAUGCUGUGCAGUUUGAUUCUGAGGAGCAAAUUACUAAUAUUUUUUGGGCAGAUCCGAAAAUGAUAAUAGACUACGCUCACUUUGGAGAUGUUGUGACGUUUGACACGACCUUCAAGCUUAACAGAGAGAGUAGACCCUUUGCAGUGUUUAUCGGGUUUAAUAACCAUAGAGAGGUCAUUGUGUUUGGGGCUGCAUUGAUGUAUGAUGAAACUGCUGAUUCAUUUAUAUGGUUGUUUGAAACUUUUUUAGAAGCAAUGUCAAACAAGCAUCCACAAACCAUUUUCACAGAUCAGGAUGCUGCAAUGGCUAAGGCUGUAUCAUUUGUGAUGCCUAAUGUAUACCACAGGCUAUGUACAUGGCAUAUGAUGCAAAAUGCAUUGAAACAUAUGAAUUCCAUCUUCCGGGGUCCUGGUGGAGUUAGAGAAGUAUUGGGAAAAUUUCUAGACGAGUAUGAAGAGGAGGAGGAGUUUGUUAUUGCUUGGAAUGCUAUGUUAGAUGAGUAUAAUCUUCGUAGUAAUUCUUGGCUCCAACGCAUUUUCGACUUCAGAGAGAAAUGGGCUAGGCCAUAUGUGAGAUGGGCAUGGUCAGCAGGGAUGAAGAGCACUCAACUUAGUGAGAGUUUCAAUUCAGAUUUGAAAGACUAUUUGAGAUCCGAUCAUAACUUGGUCCAAUUUUUCACACUUUGA